GCGGUCUCUUUUCCCAAUUCUUCCUUUCCUUCGCCAAUUCCUAUGGCCAGCCUUUUGAACUUGAUAGGUGGCCUCACUCCUCCCCCCGUCAUCCUCAGCGACGACUACGAGGGCUUGGAGUACAGGUGGAAGUUUAUCUCAUUCAGACCAGCUCUCUUCCAAACACAGGCCCUGCUUCUCGUGGGCGUCUGCUUGUAUGUCCUUUUAGCAUUCUAUGGAAAGCGUCUAAACGCCCAAAUAGCUAACAAAUGGUUUGCCGCCCAUCUCGGUCUCCUCGAACAGCAAUUUUCAAAGGCCAGUAAAGGAGGGCUUAUCUCGGAUGGCUAUACCGAUUUCUUCAACUUCUCCACUGGCAGACGCACCGUCGCAUCUUUGCAUACCGUCUUCACUCUCCGGCCACGUCACGACCUUUUGCAAAUGAUAUACCAGUUUGGCUGGACGCUCUACGACCUCCGGUAUCAACCACAGGACGAUCUCGUCCUUGAUUUCAAACUCGCACCAGAUGCAGCGGUGCCAGACUUUGUAUGGGCUGUCGUUGCCAAGGACGAAUUGGUGUAUAUCAAGGAGAAUAGGUGGGAUUUGACGUUCACGAAAACGACGGAAAACUCGGCACUUCCAUCCUCGUUAUCCGUGAUGACUGAGUUUGCAGACGUGACAGACAACCUCUUCAAGCCAUCGGACAAACUCUCGCUGGUUAACCUCUUAAACGACCCUAUCGUACUCAAGUACUUCCGCUCGCUUUCUGUAACGGACCAACCGCGUGAUCGUCCCAUUGUGCCCCUCACUUCUUCCGAGCGUGAAAAACACGUUAUCCUGUCUCUACGCCCGCCCCCUGCUUCGAGAGUAUGGGAGACUAUCCCGCUUAUCAACGCCACGUUCGCAUUUGUCGAUUCGUUAACCAAAAUGAACCUCAGGCCGGAGACGAGGAACAAGCUGAAGAAGACUCGUGAGGAGGUAGAUAAGGAGCUUGUCAAAGAGGCGCAGAAGGAGAAAAAAGAGGAGGCCGCUGAGGAUAAGAAGGCCGCUAAGCGGAAAGCAGAGGAGGACCGUUUGUCACGUCUGAGCGCUGCUGAGCAGAAAAAGGCUCUGGAGCGCGACCGAAAGCGCGCUAUGAAAAAGUCACAGGGCAAGGUGAUGAGGAAGUAGUGAGUGGAGAAUAAAUUUACACUAUUUAUAUUGUUCUUAGGGUACAGUGAUUUAUACCAUAUUAUCCUAUUUUUAUGCAUGACUGUUCUGGGCU